GACGGAUAUCACAUACUGGUAAAUUUGCGAAGAGCUAUGAGGCUAUUGGUCGACUUUGAGGCGCGCGCACUCGUUUGAGACGUGUGCUAUGACGGUUACUGUUUUCGUAAUUAUGCGUGUGACUGACGGGGUGUAUUAAUGAAGCCGGAUACUGCGAAUUCCAUCUCUAGCGGAGCGCGCAGCACACUGGACUAGACUGGACGGCCACUCGCUCGCCGCACACUUCAAUCGCCACCUCGCUAACGGCGCCAAAGCUGAGCUACUCAAAGAAAACUAACGGGGCUAGGAAGACCUCUGUGGGUUCGUAAACUCUGCGCGAUUUAAUGGACCCUGCUGGUUUUCUCUCGCCCAAAGCAAACGCAUUUUCCAUAGCACAUCUUAUUGACGCGUCACAACUCUCCGAACUGCUGAACAUCAACAGACAGAGUCCCAUCUUCGGUUGGGACUCGCAGAGUUUUACCAGGGACAUGGAAGAGCGGCUGCGAAAUGCAGGAACGGGGAAGAAGGCAUCAACGAGCUCAACCCCUCGCUCUUCCGAGUCCCGGACUGGAGAUGAAGGGGGUUUGUCCUCACCACAGUUGUCUCCCCCAUCAACACCAGAGUCUCCAUCAUCUCUCCCAUCUCUCGCAAGCAUACAGCACGCGAGGGUCGAGCUGGAAAUGAAGAACUUGUGGGAUGAGUUUUACACUCUUGGCACAGAGAUGAUCGUCACGAAGGCUGGAAGGCGGAUGUUUCCACCCUUCCAGGUCCGUCUUUACGGACUUGAGCCGAACGUGAAAUAUAUCCUAAUGAUGGACUUUGUCCCGGUGGACGACAAGCGGUACCGCUACGCGUUCCACAGCUCCAAGUGGCUGGUGGCGGGAAAAGCCGACCCGAGUGUACCUGGAAGGGUUCACAUCCAUCCGGACUCACCGUGCACCGGGGCGCAGUGGAUGAAACAGAUCGUGUCGUUUGACAAACUCAAGCUCACCAAUAACCUCAUGGACGACAACGGACAUAUCAUUCUCAACUCUAUGCACAAGUAUCAGCCUCGUUUUCAUGUUGUACUUGUGACGUCAGACAAAAAUGCCAAUGCGAACCUGAAUGACGUCAAUCGGGACCAUAUCAAGACAUUCGUAUUCCCCGAGUCACAGUUUAUGGCGGUGACGGCUUAUCAAAACCACAUGAUCACUCAACUGAAGAUCGCCAGCAACCCAUUUGCCAAAGGAUUCCGUGACUGCGACCCGGAUGACUGUGUUGUUGAAGUGAUGAAACAGAUCGAACCAAACGGCUCUUGUUCGGACAUGAACCAGCCCUCACCCUCCCCUGCUCGGCUACGGAUACCGAGUGGAGACAUGUACCCUUCGCCUACCCGAACAGAUGCAAAUACCGCGGGCAGAGAAGCCAUAAUGGGUUCGCAAACCCACAUGGGUAACGAUCUACAGCUAGACAACAUGGAAAAGUGCUAUCAGUCUUCCAUGAUGACGUCACCGACAAACACCACUUUCCCGGGAGGGCUGGGGAUUAUCAGCUCAACUAUGACGUCUUCGGGAAAUCACCCUACCUCGCCUGUGGCUUCGACGGCUGUUUAUCGGGGAUAUACCGGUAUUAGAGACCACCGUAGCGCGCCCUACCCGGUCCAUAUACCUCGAUAUGGCCCGCCUAUGGGGGCAGACGGCGUCCAUUACCCGCACAUGCCGCCCUUACCUCAAAACUCGAGCAAUAAUCAGCAGUGAAUCAUAGAUUAUACAUUUGCUUUCCGCAUCUUCAUAUACAGCGUACUUCCUGUAUGGAUGCUGUCACAUUAAGAUGAAUUAUACUCCCUCAAAGCGUCCAAAACUGUAAUGUUGCGAUUUCACUGUCAUAGUAAUAAUGCUUUAUUUUCAUACGGGUAAGGAAAAUUUAAGACGGGAUUGGUUCUUUGCAGAACUUUCUCGGGAGUUCAGUUACUGCAAGCAGAUUUUGGGGUUUCUUAUGUUCGAUUUUUGGCAGGUUAAAAAGGCUGUCAUUUAGAAUGACCACUGACUGGUCUCUAACGUACUCGAAUGACCACUGACUGGUCUCUAAGUACUCAAAACUUUUGGUUACCAAUGAACAGCCUAUUAUUCUAAUUGUCCUAUAGACGGUUUCUAUUUUAAGCGUUCCUUUUCAGUGAUCUUUAAACCAAUAAACACAACUUUAAUAAUUGAACAGUGUAUAUUCUAAAAUACAUUGUUUCUUACUCAAGGAUGGCCAAUUGAGAUACCACGAUAUUUUUUUAGAUAUGAGAUCCUUAGAUAGAAGACAACCCCCCCCCCCCCCCUUUCGUCUUCAUUGGAGCGUUAAUGUGCGCUAUUUCAAAACCAAACAAGAACCAGUAUAAGUAUAUAUCGUCCUCCGUCUUUUUUGUUUUCGCCAACAAGCCAUGUCUAUUACAGGAAAACGAGUAGAUUAAAAAUAUAGGAAAGAGCUACGAACAUUUAGCAUUUCACAUGGCUUUCCCGCAGCUAAUUUGAAGACCGACUUCCAAGAAGUUUAUUACUGUAAAAGGCUAGAGAAUUUUCUGUACAAUAUUGUAAUAAUCAAUGUAAUAAAAUAAUGUAAUAAUG